UCGAAUACCGAUACAGUGUUAAGGGAGAGUUAGUAGUAAACGACACACUUUAUUUAUUUGCUUUAUGUGAUCAUAAAGUGUCGAAAGAUAGUUGUUGUUGAAAAUUUUAGGAAUCGAGACUUCAGCAGUAAAUUAAUUCUGAAAUAUGUUUUGCCUUCUUGUGGGAGUGACGGUGCUCUAUAUGACGAUUGACGCACAAAUAAAAAACAUUUUAUUUCCAAACUUUUGGCCCGAGAUGGAUCUUCCUUCAAAUUUACAUGAAGGCGCUGACCGCAAGUUGCAAAAAGUUCGUUCAAUUCGAUCUUUGCCUUCAGUACGUUUGACCAAUAUCGACAACGUGACUUAUUAUGGCACUAUUAAAAUUGGAAUUCCACCGAAAGAAGUUAAAGUUGUUUUUGAUACUACUUCCCAAUCUCUCCGGAUAUUUCCCAAAAAUUUCUCCACAAAUCCUGUUCCUUUGGCACGUAGUCAAAGUUCGUCUUUCAACCCAUAUAUAGUAGAUAAUAGAUUAUUUCAUGAACGAUACCUCGAUUACAAUGUAACAGGAUUCCUAUCUAUGGGUACAGUGAAAAUUGCCGACAUCAAUGUGGAGAGGCAAGUAAUUCUAGAAGUGGUAAACAUAUCCGGCAUGCCAGACAAACAUAUAUUUAAAUCGUACUCAAAUAUAUCUGACCAAAAAUAUGAUGGUAUUUUGGGCCUGAGCUAUCAACAAACAUUCGAACCAUUUUCUGUCUUCUACAACAUGAUUGAUCAGUUGCUAGUGGCACCACGCGUUUUCAGUAUUUAUCUAAAUAGAAGCUCUUCAGCCGAUUUAGGUGGUGUAUUGAUAUUUGGCGAUUCCGAUCCUGCUUAUUUCGAAGGGGAUUUUACAUAUGUUCCUGUUACUCGCAGAGGAUACUGGCAAUUUACCAUUGAUAGUAUCGAAAUGAAUCAAGUUAAAAGGAGUACUUAUGAUUGGUGCCGGGGAGGCUGCCAAGCUAUCAUUGACACGAGUACUUGGAAAAUAAUGGGUCCAGAAGAGGAUGUCUCAGCUAUUAAUCGACUUUUUCUAAGUAAUAUAUAUAAAACCUGCCAUGGAAUUGCGUAUUUACCUUUGAUAACAUUUUACAUACGUGGUAAAGAAUUCACUCUUAACGGUGAAGAGUAUAUGAUUCGGAAUCCAGAUAAUAAAAGUACAUGUAUAACCGUCUUCUGGAAACUCGAGAGAACAUAUAAAUAUAAUGUAAAAUGGGUUUUGGGCAUGCCAUUUAUUCGCCGUUUCUACACAGAGUUUGAUAUGCAGGGACACCAAUUGGGAUUUGCUUUGGUGAAAAACGCUAUCGUUCAUUUAGAAAAUGAUUAUAUUUUUUGAUAUGUAGAAAAUCUUUUAUUGUCACCUUUUAUUAUAUACUUUAUCAUCAUUUUUUAAAUAAUUUAUUUAGUUUUGGUAAGAAAAAAAUUCAAUCUUUUUUAAUCGCCUAUCGACAAAGAUCGCAUACUAUCAAUGUGAAUUUUUGAGUAAUAUUUACAUAACUGCGCCUUAAUUUUCAACAACAACUACUUUCUUAUGAAAGCAGCUGAUAUGUGCUGUUUUGCGAAUUUUUGCGACCAAUGUCAUUUGCUAAGUUCAUUAUUGCAUGGUCGUCUAUUCGAUAUAAUCAAACUAUUUUUUCAAAAUGCUGAUUUCUCCUUCGUUAUCAUUCUUAAUCCCGCACACAAUAAUAAUUUAUUUUAAUACAAUUUGUUUUAAUUAUAACACAAAAUAUUAUAUAAAAUAUUUUUAAAUUUGAUUGAUGGAACGGAUGAUAACACAAAUAUGUUUCGAAUGCGAGCGAUUGUAUGUAUAACAGUCGCCAAAUGUCGAUAAAUGAUAGCUCUAGUAGUCGAGUACAAUUUCUUUUUUGUAUGUUGCAAUGUACAAAAAGAAAUUUACUGGUAAUUUCGAAAACAUAUUCGACUUUCUCGUGAUGACUGUGAUGCUGAUCGACGCGGAAAUCCAAAACUAUGUUCAUACAUUGUAUUGUAUGUUUACGUUACAUAUCAGUAAUAAAUAUUGAAUUUAAGAACUGGCCUCCCGCCCUGAUCACAUUCGAUUUUCUGAGAUUCCAAACUUAUGUAAAACUUAUGUCGUGCAAUGCAAUAAAA